AAAGAGGAAGGGGAACGGCGCGUGACCUGGGAAAAGAACCUCAAGCUCGUUAUGCUGCAUAACCUCGAGCACUCACUGGGGCUGCAUUCCUAUGAGCUGGGCAUGAACCACCUGGCAGACAUGACCAGCGAGGAAGUGGCUGCUUUGUUAACGGGAGUGAAAAUUCCUCACCGACCUGACCGAAAUUCCACCUACAGGCCACGCCCUGGCAGCAAAGUGCCUGACUCCAUGGACUGGAGGGACAAAGGAUGUGUUACGGAUGUGAAAAAUCAGCUGGCCUGUGGGGCCUGCUGGGCUUUCAGUGCUGUUGGUGCCCUAGAAGCCCAGGUGAAACUGAAAACUGGAAACCUG